UGUGGCAAACUUUUGACACAACAGUUAUGUUACGUACUGUUGGUGACCGUCAUUGUCUUAAUAGCCAUUCAAUGGGCCCUUAAAUACAGUGACAAACAGUUUGUUAAUUGUUUUGUUGAUUAUAAGAGAGAUUUAUUACUAUUGAAGUCAUCCAUUGAGCCAAUCGAUGGACAAACGUAUUCCUCCUCAGCUGCCAAACCCCAAGCGGUGGACAACUAUUUCGUGACCCGGACUCUGGUGUCACCAAAUGUGGACCAAUUGAUGCAACAGUUGAUUGAUUACUGUUUAAGAGAUUUCCUGUUUGUCUGGUAUAAGGAUUUGGCCGAUGAUUGCCAUCGCGAGACAAUCCGCUCGGAACUCAAAAACGAGUUUUGGGAACUGAUCUCAAAUAUUGUCCGACGAAUGGCAUCAAUAGACUCGGUGAAGUUCUUCACACAGAAUGUCGCCAAUCGGUGUCUGAAACACUUCCAGAAAAUAACAAUUUGUUUGUCAAACAAAGACAACCAAAACAACGUAUACCUCUUGAGCGCACAUUUGGCCGAAGAUAAGGAGUUAGAGUUUAUCCGAAAAUUAAGUGACUUUUUAUUAGCGAUAUUAUUGCCAAAGAACUACUCGAAGACAACACCACUGAGACAUCUGUUGCGAGAGAUCAUAUCAGUGCAGGUGUUGAACGCCAUUAAUCUGAUCUGUGAUCCCAUUUAUUUGAACAAAAAACUCUUGGAUUACCUAAAGUACCACAAAAUAGAGUUAGAAAAACACCGACAAACCUAUGCCUACGCCGACACCUACGAGGACUUCAUCAAAAUGAUUAACCACUGCUGCGACGUCGAGGAUCUCAAACGGAUCAGGUUUCAGGUGAUCACCGAAAUAAUGGAGGCGACGGUUAUCAACAAUCUUAAGAAGGAGAGGGGAAUCGACUUGAAUGAGAAGAUGUUCUCCGGACCCAUCACAUCGGCCAAAGGGGAUCAGCUGCAGGCGCGCAAUCUCAAGAGGUAUAUCAAUCAGUUGACGUUCGCCAAGAAUCAGUGCGAGAAGCGCAUCAAUGCCAUCAGUGGCGGACCAGCCAUGGUCUCGAGCGAUCCAUUAUCAUCGGAUCUGUUGCCGCAACCCAAUCGCAAAACUGUUCUCGGAUUCAAAGUGAUUAUGAAUUCAGACAUCUGCCGCUCGUAUCUCAAGAAGUUUAUGCAAUACUCGCUGAUCAGCAGCUCCAGUACGCCGGAAAGUAGGGGUCAUUUGACGGUGUUUUGGGAGUCAGUGGAACAGCUGUCGCGACAAGAGAUGUCCAUACAGUACGAAAUGGCGAACGAGAUCCUAAAUCACCCCAACUUUAGGGCGAAUUUCAUUAAAUUAAUUAAUUUGUCGAAAAACACGUUAAAAGCGAUGGAAGAGUUUGUUUUGGCCAACAGAGGACCGGAAGCAUACUUUAUCGCACAGACACUGGUGUACGAGAUCUUAGAGCACAGGUAUUACCCGCUGUUUAUUGUGAGCAAAGAAUACGACCAAAUGUUGGAUCAAAUCCAGGAUACACUGGAAAACACCAGCGAUUCUACGUCUCUGAGGAAAGAUAACGACGAAUCAGAUGAUAGCGAAUCAGACAGCGAUGGCUUCAGCGAAGACAGUGUCGUCAAUAUCAGUGACUCUAUCGUCGAGAUUCAUGUCUCGCAAACGAAACUCAAAUUAGAGAAUUUGACGCAAAAACUAAACGAUAAGAGGAAUGCGUUGAAAGCGCUCAAGAAGUCUGAGACCGAAAAGCUCACCAAAAGUUCGCUGAAUGUCAACCAAAAACUGAUUCAACUGUUGGAGAAAGAGGUGAACGAUAUGGUGAGGGAUUGCAGUCAAUUGGAGUCACAUCUGGAGUGCACUGAGAUGUGGAUCUCAGGUAUGGGUAAAUGGCGGGCAGAGGUACACAACAUUGAGUUGGAUAACAUCGACGGCUAUUAUAUGGCGAUUAUCAUAGUGUAUAGGAAUGAUAUGACAGAGUUAUCAUCCAAUGGUUGGAUCGUUGCCCGCAAUUUCCAACAGUUCCUUGACUUGAAGCGAAGACUGUGUCCCAGUUUUCCGGCUCUAAAACGUCUGGAUUUACCCAAAAUGACAAAGAGAUCCAUUGUUAAGGACUCGCAGAUGAAGACAAUUAAACACAAAUUGCAAACAUUUCUCAAUAUAGUGACCACUAAUGAGAAGAUAAACCGUAGCGAAGAUCUGUUCCUAUUUUUAUCUCAAAGCGCCGAUAGUUUACGACAACCGGUGAAUAGGGAGUGGAAUACCUCUGCUCUCAAGUCAAAGAUGCUGCCAUUCGCCAAGUUCUUCGGCAUCAGUACAAGUAAGACGCACGUGAGACACCCGUCCACCGAUUCCAACACCGAAGCCGUGGAGAACUUAGACAAUCAGUUCCUUAUACUAAAUGAUUUGGAAAACGAGGACAACAUUAAGGACGAUAUCGCGGAACCACUCUAUGAACUAAUCUCUGAGAUCUUUGAGUUGAGAACUGUAUCCAAAUGGUUGCGAAGAAGUCUCGUGACAUUCGUUCAAAUGACUUUCGGUCAGACCAUUAAUAAACAGUUGCGCUCAACAGUCGAGUGGGUUGUGUCCGAGUCGAUGAUCGACUACUACUUGAGUUCUCUUCGGGACUCUCUGUGGCCAAACGGCAAGCUAUCCGAGCCUUGGCCUCACAGCUCUCCGGAGGAGAGACAGAGGAUCCAAGUGCUCGCCAAACAACACCUCAUGAACUGUAUUCCCGAAGUUUUCAACAAUCUUUUAGGUCAGCAAACUGUUAAGAAAGGAAUCGCCAAAGUAUUCGACGGAUUGCAGAAUCAAAUGCUAAACAAACAGCUAUUUUAUGAACUGAUCGAAACAUUUAUGUUUGAAUUCGCACCAGAAUUGAAAAGUUAUUAA